UGGAGCCUUCUGCCGGGGCGUGGGGCGCGCGGGCUCCGCGGGGCUGGCAGGUGUGCUGCGCGUGCACCUGGCGAGCGAUGGCGCCGGACGUGGGCGCCCCGGGGUAGCGCGGGCUAGGUGGCGGCGCUCGGCCGGGGCAGCAAUGGAGCUCCUUCGGCUGCUGCUCCUGGCUGUGUUGGCGUCGGAACCGGCGGCGGCCGGCGGAGCCGAGACCGUCGGGAACUCCAGCGAGGGUCUUCUUGAAUUUUCUGUGGGGAAAUUUAGCUACUUGGAGCUCAAGAAGUCCUUUCCAGAGGAAGCUGUUUUGCGUCAUAUUUCCAGCAAUGUCACUUUUCUUAUUUUCCAAAUACAUUCACAGUAUCAGAAUACAACAGUUUCUUUUUCUGAGACUCUCCUUCCCAAUGCCUCGGGAACAGGCACUGACAAAGGACUGGUUUUCAUUCUUAGACCAGAGCAGAGUAUAUGCACGUGGCACUUGGAGACUUCAGACCCUGAGCCUGUCCAAAAUGUGGCCAUUCCACUCUCCUACUCGGAAAGCGAUCCUAUCCCUGGUGGUUGUAAUUUGGAGUUUGAUUUAGACAUCGAUUCCAACAUUUACCUGGAGUAUAAUUUCUUUGAAACAACUAUCAAAUUUGCUCCAGCAAACCUAGGUCAUGCGAGAGGCACAGAUGCUCCGCCGUGUGACGUCAAGACGGGCCAGGACUCCAGGUGGAGGUUGCAGUAUGACGUCUAUCAGUAUUUUUUGCCGGAGAACGACCUCACUGAAGAGGCAUUGCUAAGGCACCUGAAGAGGAUGGCCGAGGUGCCUCAGGUGCAGGCCAAUGCUGUCAAGGUGGUUACCCUAACAGCUGAUGACAAGACAAGUGUUUCGUUCUCCUCCCGCCGGGGACAAGGUGUCAUUUACAAUGUCAUCGUUAGGGAUCCAUUUCUGAAUACGUCUGCAGCUUACGUCCCUGCUCACACCUACGCCUGCAGCUUUGAGGCAGGGGAGGAUAAUUGUUCUUCCCUUGGAAGAGUAUCUACCAAAGUGUUCUUCACUCUUUUUGCCCUGCUUGGUCUCUUCAUCUGUUUCUUUGGACACAGAUUCUGGAAAACAGAACUAUUCUUUAUAGGCUUUAUCUUCAUGGGAUUCUUCUUUUAUAUACUGAUUACAAGACUGACACCUAUUAAGUAUGAUGUCCGCCUGGUUCUGACAGCCGUUGCCGGAAGUGUCGGUGGGAUUUUCUUGGUAGCUGCUUGGUGGCGAUUUGGAAUCCUUGCGGUCUGCAUGCUGUGUGUUGGACUGGUGCUGGGGCUCCUCGUCUCAUCAGUGACUUUCUUCACUCCACUGGGAAACCUAAAGAUUUUCCGUGAUGACUCAGUGUUCUGGGUGACCUUCUCUUGUAUAGCUAUUCUCAUUCCAGCGGUUUUCAUGGGCUGCCUAAGAAUACUGAACAUACUGAGUUGUGGAGUCAUUGGCUCCUAUUCGGUGGUCUUGGCCGUUGACAGUUACUUGUACACAAGCCUUUCCUGCAUCACUUUGAACGUCCUGAAGAGAGUGCUGCACGUGGAUUUCCGCAGAGCUUUCACAAAUGUGCCUUUUCAAACGAAUGACUUUAUUAUCCUGGCAGUAUGGGGGAUGCUGGCUGUAAGUGGAAUUACGUUACAGAUUCGAAGAGAAAGAGGGCAACCGUUUUUCCCUCCCCACCCAUACAAGUUAUGGAAGCGAGAGCGUGAGCGCAGAGCAACGAACAUCCUGGACCCCAGCUACCACAUCCCUCCACUGAGAGAGAGGCUCUCGGGCCGAUUAGCCCAGAUCAAAGAGCUCUUCCAGAAGGAACAGCCAGCCGGAGAAAGAACGCCCCUGCUUCUGUAGAUGCGGAGGGCUUGGUCAGUGCAAUGUUGAAGUACAACCCAGGUACCGCCUCAGAUUGGAUGUUGCUGCCUUGCUGCUGCAGCAGUCUCUGGGGCAAGUCUGCUAAGAAACCAGCUUCUGUGUCCGUGCUUUGAUA